AUGAACAGUUCUAUGAAGCUGAUACUCAUACUGAGGGAUCCAGUUACUCGCACUAUAAGUGACUUCACUCAGGUAACAGUCGAGAAAACUCCUGCUUAUUUUACAAAUCACUACGCUGCUCAGAGGGUUCACCGAAUGAACAGUUCUAUGAAGCUAAUACUCAUACUGAGGGAUCCAGUUACUCGCACUAUAAGUGACUUCACUCAGUUGCGAAAAGUUGAAAGUUUUCUGCGAAUUCCGGAAUCGUUUGAAGCGGAUCAGUUCGUUUUUAAUAAGCAUAAAGGAUUUUUUUGUUUCCGACAAAAGGACCGACGAAUAGCGAAAUGUCUCGGAAACACGAAGGGUCGCGCUCAUGUUGAUAUUUCGCCGGAAAGUAUAUUGAAAUUGCGUGAGAAUUUUCGCGCAUAUAAUGAAAAAUUUUUUAGAAUGGUCAAUCAGUGGUGGAACUGGUGGGACAAGCCACUUUUGUAG